CAUCGCUUGACUGCCUUGACCGAGAGAAGGCAGUCAAGUCCACUAGAUACUCCUAUUGUUAAGGUAGGGCUGCCAAAGAGGCAAGGCUGCUCUGCUCUCGGUGUGUUGGAUGAGUGGGGGUUUCCCUCCUAUUCUUAUUUCUGUCGCAUUUUUUGGACAGACUGGGUUGAAUAAUUUAUUGUUGCUGGUGAGAAGGAAGGAGCGGUAUGGCUGGAAAGAGGAGGUGACUACCGGCUCUAGAAAGAGGUGGCUACUGCAUUUGGUGGAUGCUUAUAUUUGUUUUCUCUUUGUCAUGAUCAGCAGUGUUGUCACUGGUCAUGCUAACAUCUUGGUAGGGGAUUGUGAAGAGUGGACCUACUCUCCCCAGCUGGAGGAGCUUCUGACUGGGCUACAGAGCUGGAUCUGUGAUGUAAACCAUCUCAUCCUUCACUCCCCUGUUUCAAGCUACUGUGCAGGACAGAAAAGGCCGUUUCAUGAAUCAAUAUUCGCUAGUUGAAGCCAUGACAGACAAAGGAAACUUCACGGUUCCGAAGCUGCUCCCGGAAUCCAACAUGGUGUUCGGAGUUCUAGGUGUGUUCUUGGGUCUACUCCUUGAGGUUUCUACACACGGACCCCACAGCAUUCCCCGGACCUCCUGGAAACACGAAGAACUCAAGUUGGUGGAGUUUUCUGAGCCCGGCAUCUUCAACUAUUCCACUCUGUUGUUGAGUGAGGAUAACGAUGUGCUGUACGUGGGAGCGAGGGAGGCCAUCUUUGAACUCCGCAUGACCAAUGUGUCAAUCAAGAACAACAAGGUUCAAUGGAAGGUCCCGGAAAACCAUAUGACGAUGUGCAUCGUAAAAGGAAAAUCUAAAGAGACAGACUGUCUAAACUACAUCCGGGUGUUACAAGUGUUGGACGACAAGCGACUGUAUGUCUGUGGGACACAUGCCUUUCAGCCCGUCUGUCACUACCUAUCCCUAAAGGAUUUCAGUCUGGAGGGUGCAGCGGAGGACGGGAGAGGGAAAUGCUCCUUUGACCCAUCUCAGAGCUUCACAACGGUCAUGGUUGAUGGAGAACUUUACUCUGGAACGUCGUAUAACUUCUUAGGAAGUGAGCCGAUCAUCUCCAGAUAUUCUCUUUCACAGAGUCUGUUGCGGACAGAGUAUUCAACAUCUUGGCUGAACGAACCCAGUUUUGUUUUUGCUGAUGUCAUCAGAGAGGGGAAGAACAGUGCAGAUGGCGAGGACGAUAAGAUCUACUACUUCUUCACUGAGGUGUCUGUGGAGUACGAGUUCUUUGGCAAGCUGCUCAUCCCCAGGAUAGCACGCGUCUGUAAGGGUGAUCUGGGGGGCCAACGGACGCUACAGAAGAAAUGGACCAGUUUCCUGAAGGCCAAGCUGGUGUGUUCCAUGCCAGAGCUCAACUUCGUGUUCAACGUGGUUAAUGAUGUGUUCAUACUGAAGACUGCUGACUGGAGAGAGACUGUCAUCUACGGAGUGUUCACAUCCCAGUGGGGAAACGUAGGCCUGUCUGCAGUGUGUGCCUACGACAUGUUGUCAGUAGAAAAUGUGUUCUCCCAAGGGAAAUACAUGCAGAAAGCCACAGUGGAACAGUCUCACACCAAGUGGGUGAGGUACAACGGGAUCACCCCCACCCCUCGCCCAGGAGCUUGCAUCAACAACCACCACCGUCUCCAGAACAUCAGCAGCUCUCUCCACCUGCCUGACAAGACCCUGCAGUUUGUUAAGGACCAUCCCUUACUGGAAGACCCUGUCCUUCCCAUCGGCAACGGGCCCAAACUCAUCACCAAGGACGUCAGCUACACCCAAAUCGCUGUGGAGAGGGUGCAGGCGCUGGACAACAACUUAUAUGAUGUCAUAUUUACUGGGACCGAUAAAGGACUUCUGCAUAAAUCGGUGGUGUAUGACGGGCUGGUCCAUACAGUGGAAGAGAUUCAGCUUCUCCACAAAUCUGAGCCUAUCAAGACCUUGCUUCUGUCAUCACAAGGGACGAGGUCCCUGUACGCUGGCUCGGACUCGGGCGUGGUGCAGUCUCCUACUGCGUUCUGUGACAAGUACCCAUCCUGUUCAGACUGUAUCUUGACCCGGGACCCUUACUGUGCCUGGGACCCAGACUCUUCCACCUGUGUCAACAUCUUCCACACCCAGGGCCUCACACACCGGAACUUGAUCCAGAGCCUUAACGGUGACGCAGACAAGUGUCCCUCAGCGCCAGGGAUCUCCGUGGAAAACUACCAGCGUGUGACAGUUAAACCAGGGAGCUCGGCUGAGCUGCCAUGCCUGGUUCAGUCCAACCUGGCCGUGGUGGUCUGGAAGCAGAACAGCAGCACCAUGACCGAGGCCUCCAAGUUCCACCUGAUGGGUGAGACGGGUCUGCUCAUUUACAGUGUGGCCCCAGAGGACCAAGGCCUGUACGAGUGCUGGUCACUGGAGUGGGCCCCUGUUGCAGGGAAGAACUUCAGCCGCCUCCUGGCUGGGUAUGUCCUAGACCUGGAUGUCCCCAGGAGGCCUUCACCACGAGGCCACCCCCCUCAGACCGCCAGCACCCUCAGCUCCGCUCACCCCCACCACCAGUCCACCGCUGCCACUGAAGGUAAUAACGGUAACACCGUGAGACCCCUCCCACUAACUUCAGCCCCUCCCAGCUCCACCGCCCUCACCUCACCACCACCCACUCACAGCGCCUCGUCAUCACUAACCACGCCCCCCAGCAGCAGCAACACCGCCAGGCUCCAGCCCAAACUCCUUCCCCCCAGCUCCAGCGCCCUCCCGCUCCCAGAGACCCGGGACCCUGCGACAGAGUACCUCCAACACGACAACAGCAGUACUUUCCUCUUCCUCUUCCUCCUGUUCUUCCUCCUCUUCCUGGCUGCCCUGGUCUACAACUGUUACAUGCAGUACCUACCGGGGCCGUGUCUUCGUCUUCGUGCGGCUCUGCUGGGAAGCCAGAAGAAGCCCCAACCUGAGUAUUUAGCCUGCGAGGCCGGCCUCAUGGAGCCCGUCACAGUAGACAAGCUGGACGUAAAGGAUCAGAUCCGCCUGACUCAGAACGGGGUACAGCUCCGAGCCUUGAGGGACACCGGCUAUGAGACCGAGCCAGAGUGUAGCAACGGCAAGGUCCCCUCUCGCAGCUACGGGGGAGAAGACAGUCCUUCUAAAGAGAAGCCCUUUGACGUGGACUGUGACUCUCAGCCCAUUGAAUAUGCAGACGCAGAUCAAGAAGCAUCACCGUACUAAAAGAUGCACAUCUCAGCUUCUCUGUUAACUAGUGCAAGAAAUAUUAAGGCUUGUUAUUUAUAGGGGUCUUCUCCCUCGCUGGCUCUCUCCACAUAGUGGGUCUAUACAUACAAACCUGUGUGUUAUACAUAAGCUCAGUGGCCACCUCUCUUUCAGAAGGACAGACGGAGGCAGAGUACUUCAGUUAUUAGGAGGUCAAGUCACACAUCCCGCUUGCCUUCAGAGAUUCUCUUACUCACUCUGGCUACCCCAAGACCAAUCAAAUGUAGGGCCUACUAACUAAAUAUUAAAAUCAUAGCCUAAUCUCUGUGCAAACCUGUAACCAUCUCGCUCUGCAUUUUUCCAGCAAGAAACGCUGAUUUUUAUUCCAAAUUGGAAACAUUGUUUACCAAAUUGGUAAGUUAACUUGUUUUCCAAAUUGGAGCCUUUUUUAGUUAUUUUUUUUGUACAAUUCUGGGAGCUUCUUCUUCUAAGGCUGUUAUAACAUGGGAGCUUCUUCUUCUAAGGUUGUUAAAACAUAACUUGUUUUUUGUAUUUUUCUGAAUAUUCAGUGAAUAAGGCUAUUUGACGUAGUAGGUCAGCUGCUUUCCAUCUCAACUUAUAGGACGAUCUCCUCUAGAACCUAUAGUACCAUCUUCUCUAGGACGAUCUCCUCUAGAACCUAUUGUACCAUCUUCUCUAGGAUGAUCUCUAGAACCUAUAGUACCAUCUCCUCUAGAACCUAUAGUACCAUCUCCUCUAGAACCUAUAGUACCAUCUCCUCUAGAACCUCUAGGAUCUCCUCUAGGACAAUCUCCUCUAGAACCUCUAGGACGAUCUGUAAAUUCUCAGGGACGGUUUGUUAGUUCGCUCUAUGCCUUGUUCUCUGGUGGUUGUCGAUAAACAGACAACCACUGGUGGCCAGUGACUGACUGACGGAAAAGAUGUGGUAUGACUGAUAUGAGAUCUAUAGAUAUUUAUACAAUGGGUGGGUCUAAUCCUGGACGCUGAUUGAUUAAAACUGCAUUCCAACCGGUAUCUAUUCCACAAGUUACCACUGGCUAAAGCUAUAACGUUGAAUUGCCUAUUUACUCUGUUCAAUCCACUGUUUCAUCAGCCCAGCCACUAUAAAAAAGCAUCUCGACAUAAUCUACCAUUUCUUUAAGACUAGCAAUUGGUUUUCAGUAGUCUGUCUCUCUCUGACAUUUGCAACACUGUUUCAGUAUUGAAAUUCGAUCUUCAGCUGUCCCAUAGUAAUGAAUGUGUCGGAUGAGACAGGCAGGCAGCUUUUCUCAGCCAGUCAAAAUCAUGAAUCAGCGUCAUUUUUAUGGAUUGUAUACAAAGAAAUGUAAAUCGAAAACCGAACAAAAUGAAGUGCAGCUAAUUUGCAGUCUUUCCAUCUUCAGUUUGAAGUGAUUGUGUUAGCUGUGUUGUUGACUAGCUCCUCGGUGUCCUGACGAGAGCACAUUUCUAUGCCAGGUGAAAUCGUGCCUCAUUAGCUCAUCUUUAUGGAUGUAUCCGGAUGUAUACAAAGAAAUGUCACUAGAAAACGGCUUAAGCAAAUGCAGCUACUUUGUUGUUAUUCUGGCUGCACUCUUUGACGUGACUAAGUUAGCCAGCCAGCUAGCUAGCAAGCAAAGGAUAAAAACGUUGCCAGCCAAUAGAACAUCAAGAACGAACGACUGGGUCGCGUCUCUGGCAACCGAACCAAUAGAACAAACGACCAGCCGGCUUGGAUAGCAACCCUAGAUUUGUGUUGGGACUAUAUUUUGUGGAAGGAUGAAAUGGUAUGAAUAAAUUCAUCAAAAUAAUGUUUUUAAUUAAAAUAUAUAAAUCAUUAUUUGAAUUUGUUGGUAACCCGUUGUAUAAAAGUGAUAAUGCCCUCAAGCCGGGGUUCGGAGGAUGUAUUGGCACAGUUUUCGACUUCGUCUCGGGCCUAACAACACCCGUGCCAGUAUAUCCUCCGAGCACCGGCUGGAGGGCAUUAUCACUUACAUCUAGUCGCAUUCCUUACAUGUUUGACAAGGACCAUUUUAAAGAUUAAGUCUGAGGCAUCAUCAGCUGUUUUUAUGAAAAGAGGACUUGGUUUUGGUAAUCAUCCCGUUUUAUGAAAAGAGGACUUGGUUUUGGUAAUCAUCCCGUUUUAUUAAAGGAGGACGUGGUUUUGGUAAUCAUCCCCUGUUUCAUGAAAGGAGGAGUUUUUGGUAAUCAUCCCGUUUUAUUAAAGGAGGACGUGGUUUUGGUAAUCAUCCCCUGUUUCAUGAAAGGAGGAGGUUUUGGUAAUCCUGUUUUUAUACGGCGACAGAAGAAAGCAAAAUGCUGAAAUGAGUGAACGUGACUCACUAGAUGACGACGACGGGAAAUGCUGGACACUCAAACCACUGCUGUCUGAAGAGCACAGACCUCUCCAGAGCUACACGGCUCUAUUCUAACUCUGUCUCUCGUCAUCUCCUGUGAAUCCACAAUUCCAAUGGUACGAAGACACGUGAACUCUGGGGUCAUAUUUACUAGACAUGAGCUUCCUCCAUAUUAACCUGUGUUGGUUAGUUUUCCCCACUGGUCAUGUCAGUAUGUACAGUUCGAGUCCAGAUUAAGCUUCUCUAAUGUUAGAAGCUUUGUAAAAUGAAAAGGUGAAAUAUUAUAAAGAAUUUCUGUUUUCUUUGUCCAUAGAACAUUGGCACUGGAAGUAAUCAGAUGUUUUUUUUUAUUGAAUGAAGCUUUAAGUUUUACUCUUUUAAAUAUGAUUAUUUAGUAAUAACUGUCCGACUUGUAUGUUCUCAUUUUAUUAUAGUGUAGUAACGUUGUUUUUUAAUUUCUA